CGAGCCUGAGCGAGGCGGCGGCAAGCAGCAGUGGCGAGAAGGGGGCUGCUUUAUGCGGACGGAGGAAGAGGAGGCCCCGCGCUGAGGAGGGCCGGAGCUAUCGGCGUCGCAGGAUCAGAGAAGAGUUUGUGCACGGGAAUUCAGCUAGCACCCGAAGAUGGCGGCUGUAGGACGCUCCUUGGCUAUGAAUCCGUCCUGGCAAUAGCCCAUACGAGCUGCUCUCUCCCCUCAUUAGCUGCUGGCAAUGGCCUUGAGAGGUCUCUGGCUCAUCAGCCAUGAACAAGAUGCACGCGGGAAUGUGCUCUUUUCCAGGCGUUACCCCACGGUCGAAAUGCGUGCGAAACGCUUCAACGGGGCCAGCUACGUGGCCGUGCCGGAAGACGGCCCCUUCCUGAAGGCACUGCUCUUUGAGCUGAGACUGACGGGCGAAGAGCGCGGCUUCAUCGAGCGCCAAGACGGCUGCGCCCGAAUCCACAAGACUUCCGUCUAUGCGCUGCAGACCGAACGCGGCGACCUCUGGCCCGUCGUGGCCUUCCAAAGGAGCGGGUUGAUCUACGCCGCCGUCCCACUGGUCGAGCAGCCGUUGAACCCGCGUCCGGCUCUCGUCGGCAUCAGCGGGGUCUCUCAAGCUUUCGCCCUCCUGUCGGGCUUGCUGGCCUUCGUGAACUCCAGCCAGAAGAACGAAGCCGAGAGGAGCGCCAAAGUCGGCCAGCUCCCGCACUUGCUCACGCGCGCCUGUCCCCUCGGCACCCCGCUGGAGACAAACCUGAGUGGCGGCUCAUCGUCCGAGGGCAGCCCCCUCCCUCUCAGCGGCCCCCCCCAGAAGCCGCCCGCCUGGAGAACCUGCCCGUACAAGGGGAAGCCGCAAGUUAAUAUCUGUAUCGUUGAAAAAGUCAAGUCCGUGCAGUACGACAAAAGGGACACGGCGGACACAUGGCAGGUUUACGGAGCCGUCAGCUGCAAGUGUGACAUCGAAAGCGCCACCCCCAACGUGUCGGUCAGCUUGAACCUCCCUGCCAACGGCUCUCCGCUCCAGGACAUCUUGGUCCACCCUUGCGUCACCUCCCUCGACUCGGCCGUCCUCACGAGCAGUAGCGUCGACGCGGUGGAUGACUCGGCCUUCAGCGGCCCUUACAAGUUCCCCCUGACCCCACCUGCAGACCAGUUCACUCUCUGCUAUUAUACUUCCCAGGUGCCCGUCCCACCCAUUUUAGGGUUUUACCAGCUGAAAGAAGAAGAAUCGCAAUGGAAGUUAACCCUGCACCUGAAGCUUCACGAGAGCAUGAAGAACUCUUUCGAAUACUGCGAGGCCCGCAUCCCUUUCUUCAAUAGGGGCCCUAUCGCCCACUUGGAGUACAAGAUCAGCUACGGCCAACUCGAGGUGUCGAAGGAGAAGAGCUUGUUGGUUUGGGUCAUCGGGCAGAAAUUUCCCAAAUCGUUGGAAAUCUCCCUGACCGGAACCGUGGCUUUUGGGCCCGUGAAUCAACAGCAAGCAGCUGAUCCUGUGUGCACCGGAAGCACCGCCUACGUCAAACUUUAUUUCAGGAUCCUGGACUUCACGCUGACCGGCUGCUACACGGACCAACAUUCUAUCCACGUCUUCGCUGCCGGCAAGCCCAAGAUCAGCACAGCCCGAGAAGUGCUUUCUUCCGAUUACUACAUCUGGAAUUCCAAAGCCCCGGCACCUGUUGUGUAUCGAACUUUGCUUUUCUAAUUCCAACUCCCAUUUUGUACCAGAAAAGAAAAGAUGAAUUUGCAGAACUAUUUUAACCUGUGUAUUUGUUAUCUCUGGCCUCCGGGGGGUUAAGGGAUGGGACGUAAAUGAUCUGCAUUUCAAUAAAAUAAUUUCUCUGAA